GAAGCAUUGGCAUCCAAUCAGUCAUAUGAAGCCUUCCACGAAGCCGGCGUAUAUAACAUUGCUACAGGCAAGCUCUAUGCAACCAGCAACUGGGCCAGCGACUUCAACAACCCAAUCAACGUCACAACUAUCGAUCUCAACAACAACGACGCCAUCGCCUCUGUUCGAUACAAGAACGUCCAGAAUGCCAAUGGCGGCGCCGCGUUCUACCCACCCGGCACUCCAGCCAACAGCAGCGAAGGCCAACAGAUUGUCUUCUGUGACGAAGGCCAGACAGACCUCUCGCCGUCCCAGCUGACACUCGUCGAUCCGUCCACAAACACCACCCGCAUUCUGUUGAACAACUACUUCGGCGCCAAUUUCUCCAGCAUCAACGACGUUGUUCAACAUCCCUUGACCGGCGACCUCUACUUUACCGACGCCCGCUAUGCAUACUGGCAAAACUUCGGCCCAACCCCGACCCUUCGCCCACAAGUCUAUCGCUUCUCCCCAACUACCGGCCAGGUGCAAGCCAUAGCCGAUGACUUCGUCGCUCCCAACGGCAUCGAACUGUCGCCGGAUUGGAAACACCUCUACGUCACGGACACGGGUCGCAACCAGCGAGGCAACGAGACAAGGGACUAUGUCAACCCUGCCAACAUCUACCGUUUCGACAUAGCGGCGGAUGGAGGACUGGAGAAUCGGCACGUGUUUGCGUACACUAGCGGUGGGAUUCCGGAUGGUAUACAUACGGAUACCAUGGGCAAUGUGUAUUCGGGGUUGAAUGAUGGGGUAUAUGUGUGGAAUCCGCACGGCCAGAUGAUUGGCAAGAUUGCGGUGGGAGGCACAGAAGCCGUGGCGAACUUUGCUUUC